CAGCGCGCACAUGGGUGUAAUUUGUAGCUGUGAGAAGGAUGCAAUGGAAUUAAGUGUGCAAGUCUCAGACAGUAAAGAAAGAGUCACACUGGAGUAUGUUUAGAUGUAGCAUGCCAGUGUUUUUCGAGUUGUGUGGAAUUUCUUGACUCGACCUCUUUAUCUAGCUUUGGGAUAAUCUUUCCAGACCAGAUAAAGGAUCAGAGACGGUUCUAUCUGGGAGUAUUGCUGCAUCACAGUCAUUUUGUUUUGCCUAGAAAUGUGGAGACUUGCCUAUAGAUUCUCACGUUUGAUUAAAAAUAACUGCACACAACAUGUGCUGUAUCACAACUCCAAAGUGUUCUUCUACCCAAAAGACACUGGUCUUAAAGUUGCUCAACGGAUAAGACGCAACCCCUUCAAGUCUUCAGAUCAUCUUUCCAGAAUCAUUCAUCCUUCUGGAAAACCACCAGGUUCUGGCAGGGGGUCUGGACCUGAGCACAGAGUCUCCUCUGAACUCCAGAAGCUGAGCUUGGAGGACCUCAGAAAGCCAGAACCAGAACUUCAGAAGUUCCCUAAGAAAGGCAAGGAUAGGGUCACGAAUAUUCGUCUCCAGAGAAAGAGUCAAGAUGAGUUGGUCUUCGGCGUGGCCCCAUGUUUACUAGCCUUGACUCAGGGGAAACGGAAACUCACUCAGCUUUUCGUGAAGCGCGUGGAAGGUCGUCAGAGGGAAUCUGUGGAGAAGGUUUGUGAAGAGGCAGUCAGACGAGGUGUUCCCAUUAAGCACAUCACGAAGAGGGAGAUGGAGAAGAUGACCGGUGGUGCGGUUCACCAGGGACUGUGCCUUCAAGCCAGUCCAUUAAGUUUCCUCACCAAGGAGAAAUCCCGCAGUCAGCAGGGAAAUUGGUGCACUAGGAACCCUCUUCAACUGUGGCUUGUCCUGGACGGAGUGCAGGAUCCGAUGAACCUUGGUGCCGUCCUUCGCUCUGCAUAUUUUCUUGGAGUGGACAGAGUAGCCAGUAGCAUUCGCAACAGCUGUCCGUUAACGCCAGUGGUGAGCAAAGCCAGCUCAGGAGUGAUGGAGCUCAUGGAUGUGUAUGGCUAUGAGAACUUGGUUGACAUCAUAAAGAUGAAACUCAAACAAGGAUGGCAAGCAGUUGGCACUAUUGGGUCUGAAGAGACGAGUUCGGGAGUUUCCAUUAUUCCGUGUUCUGAUUUCAAGAUGUCCAAACCUACACUGCUGCUGAUGGGUGGCGAAGGUUUCGGGUUGUCUCCUGAGCUGUGUGAGCUGUGUGAUGUUUUCCUCACUGUCCCUCCCAGAAGAGAGCUUCAUCCCGCUGUGGACUCACUCAACGUCUCUGUAGCCACAGGGAUCCUCCUGCAUUCUCUUCUCACGUCAUGUAGAACUGACCGAUGAUGAUGGUUCAUUUACUUGCACUGCCUCCCUGUGCCACUUAAUGACUGGAUUCGUUCAUCAAUUAGCCAUCAGCUAAUUGAUCCUAGAGAACUCAUCGAUCAGGAAACCGAUACUGGGGAGGACCUCUCAACUGCCACUUGGACUGCAUCCUACUCGAGGAACCAGCAGAGCAGGAGAUUUUUAGGCUUUGCUAACCAUAAAAAAAUGCAAAACAUGAUGUAAGAUCUCAUAUGAAGGAGGAGAAAAAUGUCAGGGAUUGUCCUGACUAAAGUGUACAAAAUUAAACGUAAAGAAUUAUUUAAAAACAAA